UUCCAAGACUGAGUGUAGGCUGGCUCGGAAACAGGUGUGGGAGAUUUAGAGCGAGGUUCGGAGAUCUCUGUCAGCGUACGAUAAUCUCCAGAGAGAUGGGAGCUAGGGUUCGAGUGCAGCAUUACAAUUUGGGAUCAGCUGAUUCCUACAUCGGCACUUCUCUUCACGAUCUUAACUCCGUUGAUGGUUCGGCGAGAGAUAUCGACGACGAUAGUUUGAAUAACGACGGCGAUUCCUCUUCUGCGGACUGUAUGCAUGAAUCAUACAGAAACCCUAUGCAAAUCCACGAUGAAGUUGUUGAAGAAGGUGGAUCUAACAUGGAGAACAACAUGUUAAGCAUUGAAGAUGUUUCACCGAUUGAAUCAGCAAGAGCGAGAUUUCUACAAAUCAUCGUGGACUACUUUAUUACACAACAUGUGAUUGAGGUUUGUGAGGACAAGCUUGUUCUUGAUGUGGUUUUUGAUGGACGGGAUGAUGAUCUUAAUAACAAACUCAAGAGGAAGUCUGAUGAUAUACAAUAUGAAGGUGAUCCCCGGUUUGCGUUACCGUUGAUGUAUGUUGCGAAUUUGUAUGAGACUUUAGCUGCUGAAGCAAAUGUGAGGCUUGCUUCGUUGAAUGGGAUAAGGGAAAAGACUAUUGGGGUUUCUCUGGAAGCAGCUGGUGGCUUGUAUCGGAAAUUAACUAAGAAGUUUCCUAAGAGAGGUAGUUGCAUGUUCAGGAGAAGAGAACUGGCGACUUCUGUUGAAACAAGAACAAGAUUUCCAGAAUUGGUAGUACAUGACGAGAAACGAGUUCGUUUCGUGGUGGUCAAUGGUUUGGAUAUUGUUGAAAAGCCAGAUGAUUUGCCUAAUGAAGAUGCUGAAUGGUUUAAGCGAUUAACAGGCCGUAAUGAAGUGGCUGUCUCUGCGAGAGAUUAUAAAUUCUAUUGCCCUCGACCCAAGCAUAGGCGUGGUCAAAAUUCUGUCUCCAGCAUCCAUGGCUUGCCUACAUUUUCAGGUAUAGAGUCUUCAACGUUAGCCAAUACACAAGGGUUUCGCUCCGAUAAUGAAGAACAUCACACUCCUUCUCCUUCCAAACAUCAUAUGUCGUCUUUGUCUCAUCAAUUUCACCAAUCUAUUCAACAGAGCCACCACCAUCAUCAAUCUAUUUACCAAAGUCAACACGCAGCCACACAUUUUCCCGGUCAGAACCAUCAAUGUGACCCUGAACUAUCUCACACCCACCAGUCACCAUCUAUUUCACAGCACAUGGCUUGCUUGCAACCCCUCACUGGAGGCCAUGUAAUGCCAACUAGUCCCGCAAAAUUCUGCGACCAAUGUGGAGCACAGUACUUGAGAGAGACAUCCAAGUUCUGCUCAGAGUGUGGUUCCAAGAGACUCGGGAUAUAG